AUAUAUAUGGAGGCUUUUUCCUGCCGGGGAGAGGGCAGUUUGAAUUUUCUGUUUCUGGUUGGUUUCCAUUAUCUGAUCUGAUUUAUUACCUUUUCCUUUAGGCACAGGAAGGAGAUCUUAGGUCUAUAUUUCGACUGCAAAAAUGUCAGGUGAAACGGUUGAAGUCGAAAAGCCUGCGCCAGCUCUUGGUGAGCCUAUGGAUAUCAUGACAGCCUUACAACUUGUCUUAAAGAAAUCACUGGCCCACAGUGGGCUUGCUCGAGGGCUCCAUGAAGGUGCUAAGGUUAUUGAGAAGCAUGCUGCACAGCUCUGUGUAUUGGCAGAAGACUGCAACCAGCCAGAUUAUGUUAAACUGGUCAGAGCACUUUGUGCAGACCAUAAUGUGAGCUUGAUAUCAGUCCCAAGUGCUAAGACUCUUGGUGAAUGGGCUGGGUUGUGUAAAAUUGAUCCAGAGGGCAAGGCUAGAAAGGUGGUGGGUUGUUCCUGCGUUGUUGUAAAGGACUAUGGGGAAGAGUCAGAGGGUCUUAACAUUGUGCAGGAGUAUGUGAAGUCACACUGAGUUAUAAUAGUAAGAAACUCCAUUAUAUGAGGUUUUGGACCUGAGAAUCAACCAGUAGGCAUCUUCCUUUUUAAAUUUUCCCUCUCUUGUUUUAGGGAUUGCUUAAUCAGAAAGUUUUGAACUUUUAAUUUUGUUGUAUGUGAGAGUUAGAAUGGAGAAAAUAUGGUUCUCCAAAAUUUUUAAAGGAGUAUAGCUUUGCAUA